UAACCAGAGCGGCUGAAGUAAAGAUUUCAGAGCCUUUCAACAACCUACAUACUCACAAGAGAAGUAACAAGAGCAGCCAUGCCUACCUACAAGGAGAGAGGCGUCAUGUUUCCCAGUGACGUUGUGCCACGUUCCAACCUGGAACUCCUGAAAACCUUUGACAUCAGAGACGACGACAUCAUGUUGAUCACCUACCCCAAAACCGGCAGCUGGUGGCUCCAUCAAGUAGUGAAACAGAUUAUGGCCCAACAGGGAGUUCAAGAUGAGAAGUAUUUGGGAGACUUUCCCAACUUUAUUGAGAUGACCUUGCGUGAUAAAGGACCUGUGGCGGAAAUGAUCAAAACUGCACCUUCUCCUCGAGUUCUGGCGACGCAUCUACCAGUGGAAUUCCUCCCGCCUGGCUUGCUCGGUUCCAAGGCGAAGAUAGUCGUGUUGAUGAGGAAUCCCAAGGACACUGCGGUCUCGACCUUCCAUUUCUGGCAGAAAAUUCCUGACGUAAAGACGCCUGAAUCUUGGGAGAGCUUCGCUGAACAGUUCCUUGCUGGCGACUGUCUGUGGGGGCCUUUCUACGACCAUGCCUUGGGGUACUGGAAGCUUAAGGACAAGCACAACAUUCUCUUCCUGAAGUAUGAAGAUAUGAAAAAGGACCUGCCAGCGGAAGUGAAGAAGCUCUGCUCCUUCCUGGAAAAGCCGCUGAGUGACGAGAAGGUACAGACAGUGGUCGGUGCUACCCAGUUCGACUCCAUGAAAAAGACCGUGGGAGAAAAGAGACAGAUGUUUACAAGAAAGGGAGUCAUCGGAGACUGGAAGAACAACUUCAGUGACGACCAGAGCCGAGCUUAUGAUGAGCAGUACCGUGAGAGGCUGUCCAACACUGGGCUGGAAUUUCAAUUUGAGUAAUCAGUUAACAGAGAAAUCAUUUCUUCCGUUUUUGACCAAACUGUAAAUUGAACAAAACUGCUUCAAAAUGGGCAAAUAUAACGUAUGACGUAUGGUGCAAAAAAAUAUAGGAAAAUUGGAAACUAUAUAGUGGAAGAAUAUGCCAAAUGCAUGUGUGCACAGUCGAUCCCAGGGUCAAAGAAGAAGAUAUGAAAGAAAGAAAAUGAAGAAUCUGUUGGUCGGUAUACCAUAUUCUAUUUCUUUAGUUAGUUGUUCAACCAGGCCACUUUGAUUUCAUGAACAAUGAAAGCAACAUUUUUGGCCUAACCUUUUUCGUACGCUCGCAAGAGUUUUUGAUUCCCAGAGAAUGCCAUCUAUAUAAUCGAAUUAAUAUGCCCUGAGUCAUCAGGCACCAAUUCUAAAAGAUCAUCAGUUUUCGUGUUGCCAUGGCAACCGGUUGUUUACAUGCAUAGCUAUAUAGAAUUCAGUAGUAUCGGUUGAAAAGCAAUGUAUCUGUCUAAAUAAAGUAUUUCAGCUGAA